AUGAGUUCGCCUUGGCCAUUUGUAGCUUGGGGUAUGGAUGUCAUUGGUCCGAUAGAGCCAGUCACUUCUAAUGGACACAGAUUUAUUGUGGUUGCCAUUGAUUAUUUAAUCAAGUGGGUGGAAGCAGCUUCUUACAAGUCGGUGACCAAGAAAGUUGUAGUUGAUUUUGUUUGCAACAAUAUGAUAUGCAGGUUUGGAAUACCUGAAUCCAUUAUUACUGACAACGGUGCAAAUCUCAAGAGUCACUUAAUGAGAGAGCUAUGUGAGCAAUUCAAGAUUACUCAUCGAAACUCAACUGCUUAUCGCUCUCAAAUGAAGGGAGCUAUAGAAGCCGCCAAUAAGAAUAUUAAGAAGAUUUUGAGAAAAAUGAUUGACAAUCACCGAGCUGUCAGAACACCGAUUGGAGCUACUCCGUACUUACUAGUGUAUGGAACAGAAGAAGUUAUACCUGCUGAAGUCAAAAUACCGUCUUUGAGAAUCAUCUAA